ACUGAAAUGUAAUCGGUGGUGAUACGUUUGUGCCACAUGAAACAUUCUCUGCCUCCAAAGGCGCCAGAGGCUGUGGGAAGCAGCACCUCAGCGACAGCUCCUGGCUGCUGGACUCUGCAGGGAGGGAAGGAAGAUUGGUCGCAAUGUCCCAGCAGAAGUGCAUCGUGAUCUUUGCCCUGGUGUGCUGCUUUGCCGUUCUAGUUGCACUGAUCUUUUCAGCUGUGGACAUCAUGGGAGAGGAUGAGGAUGGACUCUCAGAAAAAAAUUGCCAAAAUAAAUGUCGAAUUGCCCUGGUGGAAAAUAUUCCUGAAGGCCUUAACUAUUCAGAAAAUGCACCAUUUCACUUAUCACUUUUCCAAGGCUGGAUGAAUUUACUCAACAUGGCCAAAAAGUCUGUUGACAUAGUGUCUUCCCAUUGGGAUCUCAACCACACUCAUCCAUCAGCCUGUCAGGGUCAACGUCUUUUUGAAAAGUUGCUCCAACUGACCUCACAAAAUAUUGAAAUCAAGCUAGUGAGUGAUGUAACAGCUGAUUCAAAGGUAUUAGAAGCCUUGAAAUUAAAGGGAGCUGAGGUGACGUACAUGAACAUGACCGCCUACAACAAAGGCCGGCUGCAGUCCUCCUUCUGGAUCGUGGACAAACAACAUGUAUAUAUCGGCAGUGCGGGUUUGGACUGGCAAUCCCUGGGACAGAUGAAAGAACUCGGUGUCAUCUUCUACAACUGCAGCUGCCUGGUCCUCGAUUUACAAAGGAUAUUUGCUCUAUAUAGUUCAUUAAAAUUCAAAAGCAGAGUGCCUCAAACCUGGUCCAAAAGACUCUAUGGAGUCUACGACAAUGAAAAGAAACUGCAACUUCAGUUGAAUGAAACCAAAUCUCAAGCGUUUGUGUCGAAUUCUCCAAAACUCUUUUGCCCUAAAAACAGAAGUUUUGACAUAGAUGCCAUCUACAGUGUGAUAGAUGACGCCAAGCAGUAUGUGUACAUUGCUGUCAUGGACUACCUGCCUAUCUCCAGCACAAGCACCAAAAGGACUUACUGGCCGGACUUGGAUGGAAAAAUAAGAGAAGCAUUAGUUUUACGAAGCGUUAGAGUUCGACUCCUUAUAAGCUUCUGGAAGGAAACGGAUCCCCUUACGUUUAACUUUAUUUCAUCUCUUAAAGCGAUUUGCACUGAGAUAGCCAACUGCAGUUUGAAAGUUAAAUUUUUUGAUCUGGAAAGAGAAAACGCUUGUGCCACAAAAGAACAAAAGAACCACACCUUUCCUCGGUUAAAUCGCAACAAGUACAUGGUGACAGAUGGAGCAGCUUAUAUUGGAAAUUUUGAUUGGGUAGGGAAUGAUUUCACCCAGAAUGCUGGCACGGGCCUUGUUAUCAACCAGGCAGAUGUGAGGAACAACAGAAGCAUCAUUAAGCAACUUAAAGGCGUGUUCGAAAGGGACUGGUAUUCACCGUAUGCCAAAACCUUACAGCCAACCAAGCAGCCGAACUGCUCCAGCCUGUUCAAACUCAAACCCCCCUCCAACAAAACUACCACAGACGAUGCAGGUAGGAAGGAGGCCUGGAGCGUAUAACGGGAAGGAACAGACUGAUACAGCAGCUCGGCAUUUCUUAUUUAUACAUAAAGGACUGGAAGAGAGAAAACACUUUAAUAUGUCUUUUUUUUUAGGGAAAAAGCACACUUAUAAAAAUAUUCUCUGAAUGACACAUAAUACCUAUCUAACAAUAUCUUAGCGUCGUGUACACUAAAAUUAAGACUUUUGUAUUUAUUACCUCUGACAGAGAAUGUCAUUCUGGCGUAGAAGUUAGUUUUUACGUUUGCAUACAAAUUUUAAGACUUCGAUUCCUGUUCCUUUCUAGUUUUAGAACUUUUUCUGCUGAUCCACCUGGUCAGUUGCUAGGAAGCUUAGCAUGAGGUGAGCUCUUUAACACCAUUCUGAGAACUGCUGAUUUAGAGAGGAAGAUGAGGAUUUUGCCUUGGAGAAGAGAUUGAUAAAACCAAGUGUUUAUCCUUGCAAAUCAUCUCCAAGACCUAUACAGUCAGCGAAACAUGAACAGCUUACAUCUCAUGCCAGCCUUCAACACCCUUGAAAAAGAUCCUUUUGGGUCUUACUUAUUUUCCUCUUACACCAUAGGUUUUAUUUGGUAUCAUUUUCUCUUCUCACAAAAUGUUCCUAUUAUACAGCAUUUUCUGUAUUCACUUCAACAUUACCUCUAACUCUGAUAAUAUCUUUUGAAAACAUAUGAAUUUCUCAGAAUGGCUGCAAAGUGGAGAUAGCAGUCUUUCAUUUUCACCUUUCAAUAGCAUCUCUUUUUCCCUACCGAAUUGGUAUUUUAAAAGAACCACAGUCAGCAAUAUGUAUCCUUUCUCCUGAGCUCAGAAAAAUUAUGUAGCCACCUGCUAAUAUCCAGCAAGCUAUCAAGUCUGCAUUUUGAGAAUAAAGUAGUUUUUCACAUUCUUGUUUAGUUUAUGGUAUUAUAAAGGAAUGAUCUCUAUGCGCCAGUGGAUUUUAAUUUCCUUAGAAUCAUUAUGCUGUUAAGAGUAUGCCAGCAAACAUUUAUAGAGCUAUUUAAUAUACCUGCUAUUUAAUAUACCAAAUGCUUUUCAGAGAAAUGCAAUUUAAAUAACCGUGCUUAACAUAUUUUACUAAGAAACAGAAAUAUUGAAUUAUUGUUCUAUAA